UUGUAUGUUGGAUAUAAACAGGUCGAGGAUACAUAUAAUUUUCAACCAUCUAUAGUAGUUUCAUCCACCCAACCGAUCUUUCAAAAGCAAGAAUAAAUAUGAAUAAAAAGUUAACACUAAUUAGUAAGUAUAUAAUAUCUGACUUUAAUACUGGGAACAAUUUGUCACUGUAAUUCUGGGAAAGAUUUAUCUGUGUGGCACUAAUUAUAAAUUACGGUUUAUAUUAUCAUCCGUAUUAUAUAAUAAUGAAAACUCCUUCAGGUAUUUGGAUAGUUUGUAUAUUAAUCGAUACUCCUUUUUACAUAAACACCGACGUUUCGGUAUCAAAUCGGACCUUUAUCAAGGAUUAAUGAUUUCACAGGAAUCGAGUCAUCACAACAAAAUACAUCAAUCUGUUUCACCGAAUGCUUCUUUUAAAAUGAUCGCACAUAUAGUUUUAUUGCUUCACUUAUAUAUUAUUAUUUACUAUAGUAUUUAUUUUAUUUUGGUCAUUCAUCAAAAUAAUUUCCUUCUAGAGUGAUACAAUCAGUCCAACGUCGCUUUAAAAUUUCGAUGCCUUUUUGCAAUUCUGGAAAAUAUUUAUCAUUUUGUAAUUCUAGAAACAAUUUGUAAUGUAGCAAAAAUGAUAAAUUUGAACUCCGCCGUUUACUACAUCAUUGCAGGAGAGUGGGGGUUCGCGCGUAAACUGCCAAAUGACAGGUAGGUACUUGAAGGGAAAAAUUCAGGUACAUAUUUAAAUUCUAUUCGUAUGGUUCGAUGAGUGAAGUUGAUCAUAUUUUUCUUGAAGUUGAAGUUGGAAAUGAACUUUUGUGUCCUGUGAAAACAAAUUUGUCUUUGGAAAUUUCGAAAAUGUCUUGCUGGGAAACAUUCAUCCUACCAACGAAGAUAGCACUGUCCACCGUUGAAAAACUUGAGUACUGCCAAGAGGACGACCUUCAAAAAUUGGUGGUGAUAGAAAACCUAAUGAAACAAAAUGAGAGUGUCCAGAGACGUGUAGAAGACAUCAGAUAUUAUGCCAGUACUGAAUCGAAAAACAUCAUCGAUUCAAACGAAAAAUUGGCGAUUCUAACAAAAAAAUUGAAUAAUGCCCGAAUUAUAAAGCAAAUUUUGGAAAAUACCGCCCGGGGGACCAAAAGUAAAAAAUCAUCGGACAUGGAAAUCGCGAAGUUAUGUGGAAUCAACAGAAUGAAAAGGAAUAACAGAUAUUGCAAAUUCAAACAACCUCUAUCACCCCUUGCCGUUCACGCAAAUACACAUUUGCACCGCGGAAUCAAGAGAAAAAGAAAUGAAUAGUUCCCUGAUUCAUGAAAAUUCUUGUAAAUAAUUGUAUAUAUCUAAAGUAAGUGUAGAAUCAUUUCGCUAUUAAUUUUAAGUGUUGUGUACAUAUAUUUUGGUUUUUGAAUGAAAAACAAGCAUAAAAUAUGAGUAAUUUCAUUUUCCACUUCUUUUAAAAAUUUAAAUAAUCAUUGAGUUUUGUUGAAGCGGCAAAUGUAUUCAUGAAUAUUCAAGCUUUGACAUAGUGAAUUAUACUAGGUGUCUGUUAACAAAUGCGAAGGACUUACGGAGAUGAUUCCUAUAAAUUUUUUUCGAAAUCAACCUCCCUUCCAAGAUACAGUUUUUAAUUUUUUUACGGGUUCUAGAAAACACUGAC